AUGCAAGCUUUAUACCAAUUGUCUGCCGGUGCCACACCACAAGCUUUUCAAACUCCAGGACAACCAGCAGUACCGCUGAGCGCCAUGCAACAGCUCGUACAAAGUGGUGUUUCUCCCGCUUUACUGCAACAAAUUCAAGUUGCACAGCAACAGCAACAACAAUUGGCUGCAGUUUCCGCAGCUGCUGCGAUGCACGCGUCGACGACUUCUGUUGGUUCAUUGCCAACGGUAAAGGAGGAAAAUCAAGACGAGAAUCAGUUAUCCAGGGACCAGUAUGACAUACAAAUGCAGAUGCAAAUGGCUGCUGUGGCUGGUAUUGGACCACAGAUGCCACCUUCGUCAACGGCUAACACACGUACCACAAGUGUCCUCCAGACUCCUGAUCCAUCUACAUCAACGAACACUACUGAUAAUGCGCCAAAAAGGUUGCACGUUUCUAAUAUACCGUUCCGGUUUCGAGAUCCAGACUUAAGGGCUAUGUUUGAAAAAUAUGGCCCGGUGACAGAUGUAGAAAUUAUUUUCAAUGAACGUGGUAGCAAGGGAUUUGGCUUUGUUACCAUGGAGAAAGCUGCGGAUGCAGAAAAAGCUCGACAAGAGUUACAUGGUUCAACAGUUGAAGGCCGAAAAAUUGAGGGUCCAUACUUUUUUGGCGUUUCAUCACUUCAGUAG